UUAGCGAUUCCCAAUGUGAGAGAGAGAGAGAGAGGAGGAGGUAGAAUUGCACAAAUACAAAACCAUUCUUUGCUCAGGCAGAGUUCUUGAAUCUUUUGUAAACUUUUUUCUGACAGUCACUUUUAACUGUGUUCAAGAGGUGAAAUAAGGUUAAAGCUUAGAAGGUUGUAAGCUUUUUAGAUACUUAAAAUGGGACGAAGCUGCGGCCACGGCGGAGCAACCUCGUCCACUAAGUCAAAGAGAAAAGCAAAUGGGUGCAUGGGUGCUUUUUAUCACUUGUUUGAUUUCCAAAACCUCUACUUCCCUUCUCAUCAUAAUCUCACCAUUGAUUCUCCUUCAAGGUCAACAGGCUUGAAGUUAACAGAAGAGUCUCCACCAUCAGCAACGUACAAGGAGAAAGAAAAUUUGAGCAUUCCUGUAAGAAUGCGAGUGAGAACAGGGACAGAGACAACGAGUUCAAGACUCAAAGCUGUUGCGACUGAUACUUCAACUUCUUCUUCAGAAAUCUGCAACUCACCAGGGAGCAAAACACCAAGCUUGGUGGCUAGACUAAUGGGUCUUGAUCUUCUUCCUGAGAAAACAAACCUUAACCAUUCACUCCCAAGACGUCUCACAAGCCAUCCCAAGAGAGGCACACGCUUGGGUGGUGGAGGUACUAGAUCUUUACCGGAGAGCCCUAGAGUCUCCUCUGCUCGGAAAUCGGAUUUCGACAUUCACCGCCUCUCUCUUCAGCUGAACAAGCGUGAAGAGUUUGGCUGUUCAAGACUGAAACUGAUGAAACAGCAAGAUCAAGAGGAGAUUCAGAGUCCAAGGCAGAUUCUGAAACAUAUCAAAGAGAGAGUCGUCACCAGAAGAGUUGUCGGUAUGGAUAUAACAAACUCGGUGAAGAACAGAGGAGCAACACCAUUACAAGACAGUAAUGAGCAUAGAAGAGACACAACUGUUUCUUGCUCACCAAGAACCAAGUUUUCAAAUAAAGAAAACAAACCAAGCGCCUCAUCUUCUUCUUUCAGACCACAAGAAUUCACACAGAAGCCAACGAAGGUGAUCCUUGUUCCCGUUUCAAAAGCCUCUGGAGAGAAACAGAGCAAGAACAGAGUAAAACAGAAGGAAGUAAGACCCAUCAACGAAUGCAAGAAGGCAAAGAGUGAGACAAGGUUCACACAACGUCCUUUAAAGCCUUCUGAAACACCAAAAAAGGCUUUAUUGUCUGAAUCAACAACAUACGCGAAAGCUAGCAAUCCUUUACACAUCAAGAAGUUCAAGAAAGUCCCAAAGUCAAGUGAUGAUGUUGACAACAACAUCUCUGUCACAAAACAUCCUCAGAAUCAGGUAACUCGUGUUUAUUAUCCACAUAUGAACGAAAGUGAGGAGAAUAGUCCAGAAGCAGGGAGGAAGAACUAUCAUGGGUCGGAGCUCUGUUCCAUUAGCAGUAAACGUUGUCCCAUUCUCGGAGAGAUAUCUUCAGCGAAGUUUGAUCAUUUUCUAGAGAAGAAAAAGCUGGAAGAAGAAGGAGAAGAGAUCGUAGCAGAGAUUGAGCGGGUUAUCAUAGAAGCGCUCGUGCGAGAAACGGUGUCUGAAUUGAAUCUACAGCGGAGAAGAAUUGAAACUGAGUCAUUAGGUAGUUUUAAGAUAUGGGCCUAAAAGCAUUGUCAGUUUCUUAUAAUUGGGCUGAAGAUUUGCGAGUAAUUAAGCAUAGGAUAGUUUCUUCGGCCAUUUGUAUUAAUUCUGUAAUUCACUGAGGCCAUUAAUCAUUUGUAUCCUCUUGAAAAUAAAAUGAAUCAGUAUAUUUCCAGUUAUUUUCUCUAGAAAG